CGACGGGCCUCGAUCAGAGGGCUUUGACUUAGUGUAUUUUACCCCCUAUAAAAGGGGUGGCACCCCUCAUUGUAAUGGGACCGAAUUUUGAAUUCAAGAUACUCCCACUUUGCGCACACACACUCUCUCUCUCUAAAACUUUAUAUUAUUUCAUACUCUCGGUGGUUUAUAGCCAUCAAAUUGGUGCUCUCAUUGAGAGGAGAGAAACAUACUCGUAGGUUAACUCCCGAACGCGAGAAUGGUGCAAACAAGGAGCAACGUCCCCACCACCAGCCACGUCGUUGGCGAGGAGAACGCGCCGGGCAGCGGCAACGGCACGGGAGGUAUCGGCUCGACUCUAGACGCGGUCCAAGCGCUGUUCGGCUUGGGGGUGACCGCGGAGCAGCUCCAGGCAGCCGUUGCGGCACUUUCCGCUAUGGGUGGGAACGCGCCCGGCGCCGGAGGUGGCAAAGCUCCGCCCGGUCUCCAUGCCGAACACGCUGCAACUUCCCAACACAAGGGGAAGAAGACCCGUAGGGGCAAAAGGAGGCCCGACAAAGCCCCGGUGUUUGAGGAGGUGAUAGUGGAGGACAUCCUCGAAGGAGAAGACGAUGAGUCCAGCGAGUGCCGGGUGUCGGCCUUCAAGCGCUUAGGAGGUGAAGAGACCCGGGUGUCGGCCUUCGACAGGCUCGACCACGGACCGGGAGGUCACCCGGGCGACCUCCGCCGACAAAUAACCGAAGGUAGGCGGAGACAUGGUGAGGAGUCCGCGACCUCGGAUGCACGCUCGGCCAGGCCCGAGCGGAGCGGAGAAAGACGGGACGAGCGCACCCAGCGUCGCCAUAGUCCAACAAGAACUGAGAAGACAAAGGCUUCUGACCAGGGGGUAUCUCGGCUCGCUCGUGAGAUUGCCGAGCUCAAGCGCCGAGUGGAGACCAGGGCUCCCUACAGCCAGCCCAUCUUGCGGACGCUUUAUGGAAUUCAGGCCCAAUCAAAAUGACAUUAAUUUAUGCUAGAUCAUCUGAUUGUGGACGAAGGCCCAUAUAGCCCCUUCAUAGAAUGAAAAAAGAAUUUACUCAAUU